AUGGCUUCCUUGUAUCAGCGCUUCGGCGGGAAGAUCAACACUUCCAGGUCCUUCCCCAUCACCCCCGAGGCGAGCCAUCUCCUGGGCCCCCAAUGCGCCGAGGAGGACGGCUCCGCAGCGGCGGCGGCGGCGGCCAGCGAGGCGGCUGGCGGCGGCGGCGGCGGCGGAGGGAAAGCCUCGCGCCCGUCGCCAGCAGCCCACCCGAGACCUCGCUUCCAGUACCAGGCGAGGAGGAGCGACUGCGAGGAGGAAGACGAGCUGGUGGGGAGCAACCCUCCGCAAAGGAACUGGAAAGGAAUCGCAAUUGCAUUACUUGUUAUUCUGGUUAUCUGCUCCUUGAUUGUCACUUCAGUUAUCUUGCUGACACCAGUUGAAGAUAAUAGCCAGUCUCAAAAGAAGAAGAUUAAGGUGGAAGAUUUGUUCAGUGAAGAUUUCAAAAUUCAUGACCCAGAGGCUAAAUGGAUAAGUGAUACAGAGUUCAUUUACAAAGACCGGAAUGGCUCCGUGAUAGUGUACAACGUUGAAACAAACAGCUCGACCAUUUUGAUAGAGAACAAAAUAAUUGUUUCCAUGAAGGCCAUUCGAUACGAAGUUUCACCAGACAGGGAAUAUGGGCUUUUCGCAUAUGAAGUUGUACCGAUGUACCAGCAUUCAUAUACAGCUUUCUAUGUCCUCAGAAGACUGCCUAACGGGGAACCUCAGAAUCUGUACCCUCCUGAGGUCAGCAACGCAAAGCUUCAGUACGCAGGGUGGGGACCAAAAGGACAACAACUGAUAUUUAUCUUUGAGAACAACAUCUACUAUUGCGCCCAUGUGGGGAAGCAGGCCAUCCGCGUGGUCUCCACCGGAAAAGACAAAGUUAUUUUCAAUGGACUCAGCGACUGGCUAUAUGAAGAGGAGAUCCUGAAAACUCACAUUGCGCACUGGUGGUCCCCUAACGGCACAAGAUUAGCAUAUGCAACCAUCAACGACUCCCGAGUUCCCACAAUGGAGAUACCCAUGUUCACGGGCAGCCUUUACCCUAAAGUGGAAACCUACCAUUACCCGAAGGUUGGAACAGAAAAUCCAACCAUUUCCUUGCAUGUCAUCGGUUUGAAUGGGCCUACUCAUGAUCUGGAAAUGACUCCUCCUGAUGACCCCAGGAUGAGCGAAUACUACAUAACGAUGGUGAAAUGGGCAACCAGUACCAAAGUUGCAGUAAACUGGUUAAACAGGGCCCAGAAUGUUUCUAUCCUUACCCUCUGUGAUGUAACAACAGGAAUCUGCACAAAGAAACAUGUAGAUGAGAGCACAGCCUGGCUGCACCGACAGAACGAAGAGCCAGUCUUCUCCAAAGAUGGCAAGAUCUUCUUCUUUAUCCGAGCCAUUCCUCAGGGCGGGCGGGGCGACUUCUACCACAUCGCGAUGUCCUCAUCGCAGCCCAACAGUAGCAAUGAUAACUUGCAGUCUAUUACGUCAGGUGAUUGGGACGUGACCAAGAUUUUGGGAUAUGAUGAGAAGCAGCAUAAAAUCUAUUUCCUCAGCACAGAAGAGUCACCAAGGACACGACAUUUAUACAGUGCCAGCACCAAAGGGACCUUCAACAGGCAGUGCCUCUCCUGCGAUCUGAUUAACAACUGCACAUACUUCAGCGCCUCGUUCAGCCACAACAUGGCAUAUUUCAUAUUGACGUGUGAAGGUCCAAGAGUUCCAAUGGUGACUGUCCACAACACAACAGAUAGACAAAAACUCUUUGACCUAGAAGUGAAUGAAAAAGUGCAGAAGACGGUAGCUGAGAGCCAAAUGCCCAAAAGGGAAUACAUGGAAAUCAAAAUUCAUGAUUACAAAUUGCCAAUGCAGAUUUCAAAGCCGGCAGUCUUCACGGAAAACACGCACUACCCGUUGCUCCUGGUUGUCGAUGGAACUCCCGGCACACAGAGCGUAACGGAAAAGUUUGAAGUGAACUGGGAAAGCGUCAUGGUCAGCAACCAUGGGGCCAUCGUGAUGAAAUUCGACGGGCGUGGAAGUGGCUUCCAAGGGACCAAGCUGCUGCACGACAUUAAAAGGCGACUGGGUGUUUAUGAAGAAAAGGACCAAAUGGAAGCUGUCCGUGCAAUGCUGCAAAAGACAUAUAUUGAUAAGUCUCGAGUUGCUGUGUUUGGAAAGGACUAUGGUGCCUACUUGAGCUCUUACAUCCUUCUUUCUGGAGAAGAGAAUAAGGACCAAGUCUUCUCAUGCGGCGCUGCUCUUUCCCCUUUGACUGACUUCAACUUAUAUGCUUCGGCCUUUUCAGAACGAUACUUGGGUUUGCAAGGGAUUGACAAUAAAGCCUAUGAGAUUACCAAACUAGCACACAGAGGAAUGUCAACCAAAGACCAGAAGUUUUUAAUCAUUCACGCAACUGCUGAUGAGAAAAUCCACUUCCAGCACACUGCUGACCUUAUUACACACCUAAUUAGGGCAAAGGCUAAUUACAGCUUGCAGAUCUACCCCGACGAAGGCCAUUACUUCAGCAGUCCUGCCCUUGAGCAGCACUUGUACAAGGCCCUCGUCAAUUUCUUCAUGGAAUGCUUCAAGGACCAGGACAGAGCCCCAGUAGUUUCACCGAAAGAGGAUGAGGAUGAGGAUUAA